UGGGAAUAUCAUUGUGGCAACGCCAGGCCGCCUGGAGGACAUGUUCCGGAGGAAGGCUGAGGGCCUGGACCUGACUGGCUCGGUGAGGUCCCUGGAUGUCCUGGUGCUGGACGAGGCAGAUAGACUUCUGGACAUGGGGUUUGAGGCAAGCAUAAACACCAUACUGGAGUUUUUGCCAAAGCAGAGAAGAACGGGCCUUUUCUCCGCCACGCAGACGCAGGAAGUAGAGAACUUGGUGCGCGCUGGCCUCCGGAACCCCGUGCGGAUCUCAGUGAAGGAGAAGGGUGUGGCAGACAGCAGCACCCAGAAGACGCCCUCCCGCCUGGAGAACUUCUACAUGGUGUGUAAGGCCGAUGAAAAAUUUAAUCAGCUGGUACAUUUUCUUCGAAAUCAUAAGCAGGAAAAACAUCUGGUAUUUUUCAGCACGUGUGCCUGUGUGGAGUACUACGGAAGGGCCCUGGAGGCCCUGGUGAAGAAUGUGCAGAUUCUGUGCAUUCACGGAAAGAUGAAACACAAGCGCAACAAGGUCUUCACAGCGUUCCACAAGCUGCAGAGUGGCAUCCUGGUGUGCACUGAUGUGAUGGCGCGGGGAAUUGAUAUUCCUCAAGUCAACUGGGUUUUGCAGUAUGAUCCCCCCAGCAGUGCAAGUGCCUUUGUGCAUCGUUGUGGCCGUACAGCCCGCAUCGGCCAUGGUGGCAGCGCUCUGGUGUUCCUCCUGCCCAUGGAAGAGUCCUAUAUCAACUUUCUUGCAAUUAAUCAAAAAUGCCCCCUGCAGGAGAUGAAUCUCCAGAAAAACACAGUGGACAUUCUGCCAAAGCUCAAAUCCAUGGCCCUGGCCGACAGAGCCAUGUUUGAAAAGGGCAUGAAAGCAUUCGUGUCCCACGUGCAGGCGUACGCGAAGCAUGAGUGCAGCCUCAUCUUCAGGUUGAAGGAUCUUGACUUUGCCAGUCUUGCUCGAGGUUUUGCCCUGCUACGGAUGCCAAAGAUGCCAGAACUGAGGGGAAAGCAGUUUCCAGAAUUUGUGCCUGUGGACAUCAAUACAGACACGAUUGCAUUUAAGGAUAAAAUCAGAGAAAAGCAGAGGCAAAAACUAUUGGAGCAACAAAGAAAAGAGAAAACAGAAAAUGAAGGGAGAAGAAAAUUCGUAAAGAAUAAAGCUUGGUCUAAACAAAAGGCCAAAAAGGAAAGGAAGAAAAAAAUGAAUGAAAAAAGGAAAAGGGAAGAGGGUUCUGAUAUCGAAGAUGAGGACAUGGAGGAACUUCUGAAUGACAUAAGGCUUUUGAAAAGCUUAAAAAGAGGCAAAAUCACUGAAGAAGAAUUUGAGAAGGGGUUGUUGACAAGUGGCAAAAGAACAAGCCAGACGGCAGAUCUAGGGAUCUCAGACUUGGAAGGUGACUGACUGGUGAUGGCAGAGCCUCAAGGAAGCACCGAGGACUCUUGUUUGAGUCCUACCCAACACAGGGCGGCUCUUGUUUGCCCCUCCCAACAGUCAGGGCUUCAGGGACACCUAAGACUGUCCUGGAGAACCAUCAUCACACUGGGGAGAAACCAGGGGGCUGCACACUUGUGACUAUUUGACUGUAAAUAACAGAUGUCAAUAUUUGUUUUGAUGUCACCUAUAAUUAAAGAGAUCUUUUGUUUUCUGAGGUUAUUUUAUACUUUUUUUUUUUAGUGUAAAGAUACUGAAGUAAACUUGACUUUAGGUUUUUUAAAGUUCCCAAGUGCCAGUCACUGGGGGCCCCCACACGUAGUCCUGUGUACUUGGAGCGGAGAUCAGGAGGAUUCACGGUUCAAAGCCAGACCUAGGCAGAUAUGAGCGAACUUAUCUUGAAAAAAAACUUAACACUCAAUUUCCUAAGUAUUCCAGGCACCUGACCUACCUGGGUGUCCUUGCCUCCAGGAACUC